UCCUUGCUUACUCCAGUCUGAAGCAACCCUCUGUAGUGGAAUGCUCCCUGUCAAACUCUGAUACCUCAGAAAAGAAAGAAACCGCCUCACUUCAUUCACCAUGUGAUAUUGAAUCAGGCCCCCCAGAGGAGCUGAAUAAAAUAAUGACAUUAGAGGUCUUGACGCUGGCACUGCCUCCACAGAGGCUGUCUGACGCAGAGACUCCUCUAUGGAAAGUGUUAGAAGGGGGAAGUUGCAAAGAUACAACUGUACAAAUCUCUGCUGAGGAGGGUGCAAAACCUUUGUGCAGAGGUUCAUCCUCUGGAGAAUCUACCAAGUUGGAAACUUUGAUGACACAGCAGAACCAAACAACAGCAGCAGAAGCUCCAGAGACACAUUUAGAAUCACCAAAACCAGUUCCAGAGGAGACUAAAGAGCCUGAGAGACCUUUUGUGCAACCAGUAGCCCCUUCUGAGCCUUCCCCAAAACCAAUCAGAGAAAGGACAGAUUUGUCGCCCCCAAAACCAAAACGACAGCUGCAGCAGGAGAAUGACAUCCAGCCACCAGACAAAUCACAACUGGAAGGAGCAGUUAACGAGAAACCACCUAAAGUUGCUGAUCAGGAGAGCCUUGUGAUCAAUGAAGAGUCGUUGUGCCAUGAAGAGAACAAACUGUGGGCAGCUAUGGAGGAGACCACAGCCGAGACGGAAGCACAAAGAGGGACGGGAAGUACUGAAAGUCCUGCAGUGAAGGAGGAGGAAGAGGUUGUAGUAGGGGGCACCCAGAAAGGUGCAGAGGAUGAUGUGUGUAUUGCAGAAGAGCAGAAGGAGACAUCUGCUGGCUUCAUGUCAGCCAUGUUUGGGGUGUUGCACCGAGGCCCAGGCCACCCGCCUCCCGCUGUGGCCCUGAAGCCUGCAUCAGCCCCCUCCACUGAACAAGCUUCUAGAAUUAGCUUUGAUGUGAAACAACAAAAUAAACCUCACAGUCAGCCUCCUGGCCAACAUUUUAUGUCUCACAUGAAGGAAACAACAGAACAAAUUUCAGACCAACAAUCAGUGAAAGAAAGGAGUGAUGGAGUACGUACUAAAACUGAUUCUGAUGUAAAUGUAACAGAAUUUGUUCAACUUUUGGUGGUAUCUAAACCGCCCAGUGGCGUAAGCAUCAGCAAGGUGAAUGAGACAAAAAUGCCUGUGAAUUUACAUGUGAGUCCUGAAUUGAAGUCUGAAGAUGACCAGAAGAUGCCCAGGUCAGCCAACAAUCUCUCCAAAGAGCAGCAGCUCCAAGAGGAGGAAAGACUUUUACUGGCUAAGAUUCGACAGAUGUCAGGCGACACAUCUCCGGUCAGUGGGCCUCGAGCCAUGAAAAGACUCAUUCCCACUCCUGGUGAUAUUGACAGCGAUGUUGUGGAGAAAAUAGCCCCUUCAAACCCCCCCACUGACAUCACUGCUCACAGUCAGCUCUCGAUCACUUCCUGCUCCAAUGAUCUGAAGGAAAUAAGACUAAAUGACACGGAAGAGCCACUUGUAGAGGAAGAAGCGUCAAAGCACAAAACAACAGAUGUACCUGAUGGUGGACCGGUGAAACAAUCAUUUCAUUCCAAAGACACCUCCAGUACACAUACCAUCGUCUCCUCACUUCAGUGUGAGAUCAAGAAUUCUCGGCUUCCGACAUUACCAGAGGAAGAAACCCCCGAACUCAGGACCAGUGAUCCAUUUGAAGUGGUCACAGAGGAGGUCAAUGGGAAGGAUGACACUGAGGACCUUGUGAACUCUAGUCAGUCAUUGCUCCAGUGGUGUCAGAGCAUCACCAACAACUACGAGGGUGUAAAGGUCACAAACUUCAGCACGUCCUGGAGAAACGGCCUGGCCUUCUGUGCCAUACUGCACCACUUUCAUCCAGACAAAAUAGAUUUUGAGUGCUUGGUUCCUCAUGACAUCAAGUUAAAUAACAAGAAGGCAUUCGACUGCUUUGAGGCGCUGGGGAUCUCUCGUCUGCUGGAACCGUCCGACAUGGUUCUGCUGUCCGUCCCGGACCGGCUCAUCGUUAUGACGUACCUCAGCCAAAUCCGCUCACAUUUCACCAACCAGGAGCUGAGCGUACUGCAGAUCGAGCACAACAGCAGUCAGUCCAGUUACGGGCUCGCUCCUUCUGGUCCCGCUCCCACCAACGUUGACGCCGCCGCCUUCUGCAUGGCCAGGCUGAACGAAGGUGUGAGUCUAGAGGAAGGAGGAAGCAGUGCCUUGGUGGUGCCACCACCCAGAAUCAAAAGGACUAUUAAAGUGGAAGAAACAAGAAUCCCAGUCCCACCCCCAAGAUCGAUUACCAAAGCUGCCAAAUCUGAACAGGAUGAAGAUGCUUCAUCUCUUACUGAAAAUGCUAAUAACUCAGAGCUGCAGAGUGCAGUUGACAUCCAGCCUCCUAAACAAGAAGAAACUAUGCACCUGCAGGACACCAGUCAGUACGUCUUGAGCGAACUGGCGGCACUGGAGACAGAGCAGAAACACAUCGACAGCAGAGCAGCAGUCGUGGAGAGACGAUUGCGAAGCCUCAUGGAAACAGGGAGUGAUCGUGAUGAAGAGGAGAGACUGAUCCAGGAAUGGUUCACUUUGGUCAACAAGAAGAACGCUCUGAUACGCCGACAGGAUAACCUGGAGCUAUUACAAGAGGAGCAGGAUCUGGAGAGGAGAUUCGAGCUUCUCACCAGAGAACUACGAGUUAUGAUGGCUAUAGAAGACUGGCAGAAGACAGCCACUCAGCAGCAGAGGGAGCAGCUGCUCCUCCAGGAGCUGGUGUCACUGGUUAACCAGCGGGAUGAGAUCAUCAGAGACAUUGACGACAAAGAGAAACGUGCUCAGGAGGAGGACGAGCGGCUGGAGCGAGGUUUGGAGAUGAGGAGGAGGAAAUUCAGCAAUAAGGACAACAAAUGUGUGUUACAGUGAAAAGGACAAGCACAAACUGCAGUUGUCAUUGAAUCCCAAAGUCUCAAAAAGUGUUUUCCUUGAAUGUUAAGAAAAAAACGAAACUUCAAAGAUAUCUGUAGGAUUUCAUCUGCCUUUUCUCUCCUAGAAAUGUUCUCUAAGUCUGAAGCUGGAAAUUGUUGUCUGAAUGUAAGGUGUGUUUUAGUAGUAUUAUGUUGGUUUCUUUAAUUAGUUUUUUUUAAUUUAUUUAAGACGUGUGUCAUUUUCUCAUACAUUUAUUGCACUUCUGAUGUUUUCCAUGUGUUGUGUACAUUUUUUGGACAUUGCUCAGUAUUCACACACCAGCUGGUCCUCUGCUUAUUUUUAUGUUGUGUGUCUCCUGUGCCUUAAUAGAAACUUUUCGAUUUGUAGGCCAAAAUGCACCAGCCUUUACGAGAAUUUAUCUGCUCAGGAUUUGAGUAUGCAAAGAAAUAUGUUCUGUUGCAGGUGACACUUUUAUCUUUUCUGAUAGUUUCAAAAAAUAAAAAUGUAAGCAUGUCAAAGCAUUUCAGAAUUAGUAUAUUUGUGAUUAUUUGAGCUGGACUCAAUUCCACAAGGUUUUCAGUGCAGAAUGGUUAUUGACGCUCAAAGUGGUAACACAUCUUAAAACGUUUCUUUUAAUGUCGGACCCUGGUGAUAUAAGUCAUCUGCAGCUUCUUUGGAUGUUCCAAUCUUCUUGACCGCGUAAGUUAAGUUUUGGUAUUUCUGCAUAGUUUGAUGAAUGCGUGCAUGGUUUUUGAUGUGUGCAGUUAAAAUGGUACCUAUCAUUCAAAUGUUGAUUUCGAUAUUUAUAACUGUUUUAUUCAUGAAUGACAAAUAAAAUAAAGUUUAAGAAAAAUGG